AUGAAUUGGAUAGGACUUCAGAACCUUCUCAGUGGGGUAAAUAAUUACUCUACGAUGUUUGGCCGCAUGUGGCUGUCCAUGGUGUUCAUCUUCAGGUUGCUGGUGUUCGUUGUGGCAGUGCAGUAUGCGUGGAAUGACGAGAACAAAGGUCUGGAAUGCAACACCCACCAGGUGGGCUGUUCUACCGUCUGCUACGACAGCAUCUUCCCUAUCUCCCACACCCGCCUGUGGGCGCUGCAGCUAAUUUUUGUCACCUGUCCGUCUCUCAUGGUAGUGGCUCAUGUCAAAUACAGAGAGGGAAAGGACAAAAAAAAUGGUUCACACCAGUAUCCCAACCCAGGGAAGAAGAAAGGUGGACUAUGGUGGACCUACUUGAUCAGCCUCUUCUUCAAAGCCGGAUUUGACGCAACAUUCCUUUAUAUUCUCUACUAUGUUUAUAAGGGGUUUACCUUGCCUCAUCUCACCAAGUGUUCUCUGGAACCGUGUCCCAAUAUAGUGGACUGCUUCAUCUCGAGGCCUACUGAGAAGAACAUCUUCACGUGGUUCAUGGUGGUCACCUCCGCUCUCUGUAUCCUCAUGUGUGUUUUUGAAAUGACCUACCUUAUUGGGAAACGGCUAUGUAGAGAGUUCAUGAGCCACCACAACAACGAGAGGUAUGACAUGACUAACCAACAAACUCUUAUGUCAAAGCAUAAGACAGCAGAUACUUCCCUGCCUGGUAAACAAAGCAUGCAAAUAGAGACAUAUGUAAAAACUACAUGA